AAAUAGAUAAACCAAUAUAAAGUUUGUAAACGUUUUCUUCAUUUUCUUACUUCCUUUUCCUAUAGCAUUAGCGAAUUUGGAUUCUCUCUACUAUAAGUAGACGUGCUAAACAAAUAUCAACAAAUUAAAGACGACGUGGAGUAAUUUACUGAGGAAGAUGGGAGGGAAAGAAAUGGCCUUAUUACUGAUGCUCUUCUUCAACCUUCUACGUCUGCCAGCAGAAGGAUCCCUAGUUUCAGCUCUUCUGCAGGAACACGUCAAGGGGGAUGAAGUAAAUGAAAGAAUGCCAACCGGAAAAGAAGACGGACGCUACAGUUUUUUGUUGGUCAAUCGGCUAGCUUCUGCCGGUGCUCGUGCUAGUGGCAGCCGCGGUCGUAGUUCCGGUGGAGGUAGCAGUGCGAGAGGAUCAUCUGCUGCAACUGCAAGUGGUGGUAGCAGCUCCACAGCAGCUGGAACCACGGCGGCAAUAAUUCCAUUAUAUGCAGCGGCGGGGGUUGCAGCUGCCAGCAAUCGGAAUGGCAACCGUCAAAUCUCAGCUGCUACUAACAAUAAAAACUACUGCGGACUUGCAGCUUUCGGGGCUGCAAUCUCGGCCUCUCUUGUUUUACAUUUACAUGGUGUCAGGAUGUGAAAAUCUGAUCGAGUCAGCAAAGCAGCAGGAGAUAUGAAUGCAAAAAAUGUAAAAUGACCAAUUAAUAACGGUGAUGUACGCACACUUUUGUUUAAGAGUUUUGCUUCAUACCCUAUCGAACAAAAUGCAAUAGUUGAAGAUAA